GGAACUCCAAGAUCAGCUCGUCGUAAUCUCACUUUCAACCGUCAUCGUCAAGCAGCUGCAUCAGUUGCACCGAAAUCGUCUCUGAAUCAUUAUAAUCAUCACACUGGAUCUGGAGAUGGAUUCAGUAAUAAUUCCCUAAUCCCAAUAAGUGAUCAAGAACGAACGGAAAAAUAUUUCCGAAUGCGACUCACCGAGGAACAGU